GGCAUCUUGACCGAGCGCGAUUACCUCAACGCGGUCGCGCGAGGUUUCAUCUCCGCGUCGACGAAAGUGAGCGAGGUGAUGACAUCUUUUCGCGACGCUUCAAAGAAAAUCGCAAAGCUCGUGUCGGUGUCGCCCGAAGAUUCUGUUCUGGCGGCGAUGGAGAGCAUGACGAACAAUCGCCUGCGUCACAUCCCCGUCAUCGCGUCUAAAGGCGUGAAUCCAAAAGAUCAAUCGCCGAUCGAACCGCGCGUUCUGGGCGUGGUCAGCAUCGGCGAAGUUUUGAAAGCUUUGCUGGCCGAGUCUCGGUCGGAGAUUUCCCACCUCGAGUCG